UAUACAUACGAUACUUGUGCAUAUUACACAUUGCAUACUGCACAUUACGCAUUAACUUACACAUUACGCAUUACACAUUACCUAGUACACAUUACACAUGUAACCGUACCUUAACAUCAAAAAAGCUCAAUUACAUUCAAGUCUAACGUAUUUACACAUACGCACAGUACUGGACCUAUUGUAGACCCCCACGAUUGCCCGCCGCCGACGCCGCCGCAACCACCACCACCCAUAUCAUCAUUUCUGUCCGUCAUCCGAAAAAAAAAAAGAUUACAAUUGACCCGCCGAAUAUGACGGAAGGAGACCGAGCAGGGAUUGCAUGAAUUUCCUCGAGGUCCAGUUCGCGCUCGUUCGCGCCCCCUCAAGGUCUACGGGCGCCUUUUCUUUUCGGCCACCGGCUGUUGAUGAUGCCUGAGUACCUUGAAUCCUCUGAUCACACUGCUUUGAGAUUGCUCUCACGAUCCCCACAUCCCUAUCAUCACCAAAACUCCGAGUUACUCGAUCCAUCCGAUCACGUCGCCUAUACUUCAGUCCAACAUCCCCAACAUUCCCAAGACACAUCCUUGGCGCCCUUUAGAUCCUCCAGAGAAAUUUCCCCGACUGACGAUAGCGGUACUGAGGCCGACGACGAACACUUCCUCAAAGGCUUACCAGCUCCUAGAAGGUUGCGCAAAGGAUUGCGAGGACGCAAUGAAGUACUCUCCGGCACUUCCACCCCAAUACCUUCCCCAUCCCUCCUCGAGGAGGAAGGUCGACGGCCAUCUGGUAGCUUAAGGAGGGAAGCUUAUUUAGGUAGAAAGCUACAGAGUCCCGCAGACAGAUUGCGGAGAAGGAAGGAGCUUAUUCGUCGGGUUGCCGAGCUGGCUAUUAUUGGCUUCCUCGGCGGCGUGCUUUAUUCAAAUAGCUCUGUUCGGCCAAUUAUUUGGAGGUGGAAUCGAGAGCUCUAUGUCUGGAUAGGAAUUGUGGUAUCCCUAGCAUUCCUUUAUCCUCUACGGCUUAUAAUCUGGGCAUACCGGCAUCGAACACCUCUGAGAAAGAUACCGAUAUCUCUACCUCCAUCAUUCGAUCCAGCACCGCUCUUAUAUCCCCCAUCUAUUAGUAUAUGCGCUUCGCUACUCCUCGCCGUCGAUAAUGAAGGGGUAGUACUACCUAACAUAAUACUUGCCAUUUGUUCUCUACCGCCAAGUUUAAUUCCUACCACUUCUGGCAGUGAUCAAGGUUGCGACGUGUUGCAUUGGCUUCUUUCGUGUAUGCCUUUACUUCUCAGAGGAGAUUAUUGGAAACACACCAUAGCUCAAACUACUACAAGAGCAACCACCAGCUACCUUUUAGAGUCGAUUCCACUCGAAACCGCGAUUUUAUUAUACCCCUUACAUCAGAACCUUUACGGAGUGCUACACACCCUAACCACGACUAGUCUCCUCCAAGCUGAACUGCAAAUCUUAUCCAUUGCGCUCAUCAACCUCCUGCUCCUCUCCUCUUCACCACAGACUAUAAUUCUCAAGUCGCUACUAUGGGUCGGGGGUUUGGAUAUCCUUGUUUCAUGCAGUCAGGCUAUCAAGUGGGGGAUUGCUUUGGCUCGCGUCCCUAAAUGGCGCUUUAAGAGAUCAAAUGGUCCAUCCAAGCCUGCUUCCGCCUUCUUUUAUAAUAUGAUGCCGUGGAGGAGAGUAAGACACGAUCUGUUCCAUGCGUCAGUGGAUAGCUCGUCCUGUAGUUCGUGCGAAGCCUUCGAUGAUCCUGAAGAUAGCGACAUCAUGGGAUCUGCCCCUAGCGGCCCCCCUCGCGCGAAGACUAUGUUAGAUGAGAACGAUUCUUUCCAGGCCGAGGGAAACCCAACCGGUACUAUUCAUGUAGGAUAUAAGGCUCCAUCCAACUUGGCGGACACGAAGCUUGGAUCAAUAACCCUCCGUCGACACACGUUACCUAGCAUAGAUAAUGCACCGCGCAAGUCUCACACGCACACUCCAUCUGGCCGUAGGAAGCGAACUGCCUCUCAAUCCGUCCGGGCCUUUUUCUCACUCACCCAGGAACAGGCUCUAAUUCGAAAAUGGGGUUACGCAAUAUAUGUAUAUACAUGCAUAUUCGGGGCCGUUUUCAUCCCCCUCCCUUUCAUUGGUGUGAAAAAGGUUGUAGGGGAUGAAGCAUUUGGUGGUUAUGAACCGGUCGGGUGGGCUCUGGGUUAUCUAUUCGGAGAUCUACCGCGGUUCAGGUGGGAGGUGGUUAGCCGCAACCUCGAACGGUGGAUAUGCCUCCCUCCCAGGCUACAGGAUGCCGUUGAUCAAUUCCCCCCUGGUUCGAUGGGCAAGGUCGAUCAUUUUCGUCAGUUACGUCUUGGCCAAGCGAACACCCGUCUUAUCCUAAGUGGGUAUUUUGUGACUGUCAUCGCGAUUGGGCUGAUGGUUGUCUUUCGAUUGUCGCCUAUUUACGAGGUAGACACGAGACGAAAAGUCUUCCACUUUAUGAUGGUCGCCAUGUUUUUACCGGCAACCUACGUAGAUCCUACCUUCGCGGCUUUAGCACUCUCUAUCGUCCUCGCCCUUUUCCUCCUUUUAGACCUCCUCCGAGCCAGUCAACUUCCGCCAUUAUCGAAACCACUAGCUUCUUUCCUCGCCCCUUAUGUAGACGGGAGGGACCUUCGCGGCCCAGUUGUCAUCUCACAUAUCUUCCUUCUCAUCGGAUGCGCUAUUCCCUUAUGGCUCUCGCUAGGUUCCCUGCCGCGCACUGGGUCAGGCUACCUCGAAGGCUGGGAAGUUCCCACGAGAGAAGUAAGCAUGGUAUCUGGUGUCGUGUGUGUGGGACUAGGUGAUGCGGCCGCUUCUCUCAUCGGAAGACGUUACGGCCAGAGAAAGUGGCUGUGGGGCGGCGGUAAGAGUCUCGAGGGUAGCGUGGCUUUUGCCUUUGCCGUUUUCCUCGGUCUCGCCAUAGCCCGCUUAUGGCUGCAGAUAGGUGGAUGGUCUGCAACGAACGGUAACUCUGAUACUUGGGGGCUGGCAGUUCAGAAAAUGGGAAUAUGUGCAUCGACGGCUAGCCUUACGGAGGCCGUACUGACUGGAGGUAAUGACAACGUCAUCGUGCCUGUGGUCCUUUGGGCUUGUGUAAAAAGUCUCGGUAUAUAGAAUCACGGCUGUAGGGGGUAAUGAAAAAUAAGGGUACUCCUGAUAAAAGUACUAGGUAGGGCGUCUGGUGAGCGUCUCGGGAUUUUAACGAGGCUUGGGUGGGACAGCCGGUGGCUCGGUAUAUAUGCCUUGGAUGGAUAUACCAGUUAUGUAGGUACCUCGGCACAUUCUUUUAGCCACCUGGACUUGGCCAUGAUGUGUGGGCUUGGUCAUUAUAUAGAUACCUAACA